AUGGCUCUCCUAGUCUGUGGCGUCUGUCUAAAGCGGAAAGAUAGGGGACUCUCCUGCUCAUACAGUGUCCCGAGCCCACCGAGAUCUGACGGUAGGCCUCGCUUGAGCACAGCGUCUGAGCAGCAAGCUGGACACGAGGACUUGGACCGAAGUCCCAUUGAACGAAUCCGCAUACCAAUCGCUCCUGCACAACUAGAGCUGAACGUCGAUUUGGCGAAAGGGACAAGUCGACCGCCUCUGGCAACACAAGUUCCUUUGGCCGUCGACUCAAUGACCGGUGCUACUGGCUCAGAUAACCACGUCUCCUUUGGAAGUAGCAGUGCCAGCUCAUUUAUGAUGCAAAUCAAGGCUGCCAUCGACAGGGAGUUUCAGGUUCUAAGCCAUCGACAGUCGCAGCCCGAGUUCAGCGAAAUUUCUAUACUUACACACUCGCUAUGGAGCCAAAGUGAAGGAAACAAUGAGCGACGACUACAAUACGUACUGCCGUCUCGAAAGAUUGCAGAUGAACUCACUGCUACCUAUUGGGAUGUCGUGCAUCCGCUAUUCCCCUUCUUGGAUCGUGCGAAAUUCGAAAAGUCGUACCAGUCAGUGUGGACUGGCGAGGUUUCAAACAGAGACGAGCGCAUCCUUAUAUCCACUAUCAAUGCGGUGUUUGCCUUGGGUUGUCAGUUGACUGAUACCAUUGCACCUGAACAAAGAGCAGCGACUUCGAUGGUCUACUUCAAACGAGCUGAGGAGGUUCUUGGUCUGGACUUUCAAGCCACGGGCUCUAUAGAAUUGGUUCAGUGUCUUCUACUCAUGGGCCAAUACCUUCAAAGUACUAAUGCUCCAUACCAAUGCUGGAUGAUUCUCACCAUAGGUCCCUAA